AUGUCUGUACUACUUUUUUCAAAAGAUUUCAUCUCAUCUGAAGUUCAAGCGUCGUUACCCAAAAGUUAUACCUUACGACCCUUAUCUAUCGAUGAUUAUGAGCGUGGUUUUUUUGAUGUGCUAUCCGUUUUUAAUGACAUAGGAAGCCUCUCCAAAGAUCAAUUUCUUGAGCGGUUUAAUUACAUGAAAGCACGUCAAGAUGAAUACUUUGUUAUCGUAAUUAUAUCUCCCGAAGAUCGAGUUAUCGGAACUGGAGCAAUCUUUGUCGAGCAUAAAUUUAUAUUUAAUGCUGGGCGUGUUGGACAUAUAGAGGAUGUUGCCAUUGAUAAAAAUCAUCAAGGUAAACAUUUCGGUUUAAGUGUUGUUCAAGCUCUCAAAUAUAUUGGAGUAAAAAUUGGAUGUGUUAAAGCUAUUUUGGAUUGUUCUGUCGAGAAUAUUCCUUUCUAUGAAAAAUGCGG